AUGUAUUCAGCUAAUUCACCACUAACACCAUGUGCUCACUACCAGCCUGGAUUCAUGGCUAAUUCACCACUAACUCCGAGUGCUCACUACCAGUCUGUAUUCACAGCUAAUUCACCACUAACUCCAUGUGCUCACUACCAGCCUGUAUUCACAGCUAAUUUACCACUAACACCAUGUGCUCACUACCAGCAUGUAUUCACAGCUAAUUCACCACUAACACCAUGUGCUCACUACCAGCAUGGAUUCACAGCUAAUUCACCACUAACACCAUGUGCUCACUACCAGCAUGGAUUCAUGGCUAAUUCACCACUUACACCAUGUGCUCACUACCAGCCUGUAUUCACAGCUAAUUCACCACUAACUCCAUGUGCUCACUACCAGCCUGUAUUCACAGCUAAUUCACCACCAAGACCAUGUGCUCACUACCAGCCUGUAUUCACAGCUAAUUCACCACCAAGACCAUGUGCUCACUACCAGUCUGUAUUCACAGCUAAUUCACCACUAACACCAUGUGCUCACUACCAGUCUGUAUUCACAGCUAAUUCACCACUAACACCAUGUGCUCACUACAAGCAUAGAAUCACAGCUAAUUCACCACUAACACCAUGUGCUCCCUACCAGCCUGUAUUCACAGCUAAUUCACCACUAACACCAUGUGCUCACUACCAGCCUGUAUUCACAGCUAAUUCACCACUAACACCAUAUGUCACUUACACUACCUCACCAUUGCUCACUACCAGCAUUUCACAGCUGGGAUUCACAGAGCUCACUACCAGCCUGUAUUCACAGCUAAUUUACCACUAA